ACUUUGGAAGCGGCACAACAUCUGUUAUUCAAAGGGGCACAAUGUACCAGACCUUGCCACCGUCGCACAAGUGAAGGAAUUUUCGAAGCGCCUGGUGAGCUCCCACCCGUGGAAUAGUGGCAGUGUGCUGCAAGUCGAGAGGAAAAUCACUCCAUCGAGUGUCUGGUUUCUAAAAGUGUUACUGUGCUAAUAAAGCAGGUCCCUAGUUCGUUAUAGCUCGAAAUCCUGUGCAGGAUCGAAGUGAAGGUGCGCUGCAAUCUAUAAAUACACCUUGGAUACUGGCUAGACCAGGUCACGACAGAGCAACCAUUUCCACUUGCUCCUGUGACCAAGUGCGUGUCGUCGCUGGCUCAUUGGCUUCGCCUUGGUGUGGUCUAGUUUUCCGGAUUGCUAUGGAGGCGUAGAAGGUGACUGCCGUCGAGCCUUGGCUGAAAAUUAUUGUAUCGUAAUUUCAGUAUACGCAGCACGCCGACCACUGCGCAUGCCACAAAACCCGGACUCCAGCGCACACCCCCUGCAAUCGGGGCCAGCAGAAAAGCUGAGGGGCAGAGAAAAGUGGGUGGAACAGCAGGUGACACCUGCAGCAACACCUGCCCAUCGGGAGCCAAGGAUCUGGCUAUUUCGGAGCAACUAUUAUCCAAUUCAGCGGCGCAAAACACAAACAGCCACCUAAGGAAACCAAAGUACCCAUGUUAUUAAGGGAAGCCAAGGAUAUCAAGCCAAAGAAAUCAAAGAACCCAUAAGACAAGGGAACCUAACAUCCGAGAGAAACCAAGGAAUACGAGGAAUCCCAAGAAUUUAAAAGGUAUCUCGGAGGUAUCUAAGGUAUCGCGAAAAAACCCUAAGAAGCUAGAGUCUGAAAGCCGAAGGAACUGAACCAGGAAUCCAUAGUAAGCCCGAAGAGAGCGAACAUGGCGGCUGUGGUACAUGGAUGCAGCAGUCCGCGACAGCGAUCCUGCAAUGGCAGCAGUUCGCCGGGUGGUCACCACGGCUCCACGCCCUCCGCCGCCUACCCGACCAUGCCCAAGUACUCGAGGACCGCCAGUCAGACACUGUAUGCCACCAGUCAGCAGAUAUUCGGAGGCGGUGGAGGCGGCAUGGCAGAUGCGAGCUACGCCUACGGAAUGUCCUCCUCCGGCGGACAGCGACCCCUGUCCGCCUCCGCGCUGCCGGAAACGGCGGCGGCCAGCCGAAACUAUUGGGGUCACCACAACGCCUUCUAUCACACGGGCGGUAGGCACUACAGCAAGAGGAAGUCCGCCGUGGAGCUGCUGGCGGAGUCCAAGCCGUUCUACAUAAAAUCCGAGGCGGUUUUUGAGCGACUGCAGCAGGCGAGCUACCGCAAUGGAGGGGUUAGCAACGGAGCUAGCGGGAAGAGGGGUCGUCGGCCGGAGGAGUCGCAUGGCCACCACUAUGACCUGGAGGACAGGCGGUACAUGAGCCUCAAUCUCAGUCGACAGCAGCAGGUGCAGCAGCAGGUGCAGCAGCAGGUGCAACAGCAGCAGCAACAGCAGCAGCAGCACCAGCAGCAGCAGCAGCAGUACCUGCACAACCACCAUCCCCACCCACACCAGCACCACUCGCACUCCCGACACGCCCAGGGCCAAGGUCAAGGCCGAAACGGAGGCGCUGCCGUGAACAACAACCUCCUGCAGCACAAGCUGCGCAUGCUGCUGGGUGCGGAGACGGGCAAGGAGCGCAACGGCGGCACCUUGAGGCGCCACGAGAUGAGCGACGGCAGCGCGGAGCUGCUGCCCACGGACUACGGCGAGGAGGAGCUGGGCGGUCAGGCGGGCGCCCUGCGCAUCCCGCCGCCGCUCUACAUGCCCACCACUCACGGCUACGGGCGGGACGGCGAGGAACCACUCGUCCUCACCGAGAACUAUCGACCCAUCAGCCCGCCCGCCGAGUAUGCUGCGAAGUCGGGCCAGGCGCACAACGACCGUUACAGAUACAACUACCAGCGCUCGUACUCGCACUCCCACGAGGUUCCCAACACGGGGGAGGAUCGCAGCGCUCCCUAUCCCUCCGGCGACUUCAACAUCAAUAGCCACAAGUCGCUGCCGGAUCUGCACACCCAGAUAAGCCGACACUCGCCGCACAGCGAGAUCCUGAGCUGCUGCAGCCGUGGCAACCGAUCGAUCAAGUCCGCCGGCGAGUCCUCGAUAAACCGCGACUCCGGCGGCAGUUCCGGCCACUACACCCAUCGCAGCGAGCCCUGCUACAAGAGAGAGCGGCAGCGGGAGGUGGCCGGCAGUGCGGCGCCGGCGAGCGGUACGAUCAAGAACUGCUGCACCUUGGUGGCCGCCACUCGCCGGGACAGCGGCUCCUCCACCCAGCACAGCGCUAACUCCUACUGCGGCUAUGUCACGCCCGCCGGCGACUAUGCCGGAAUGGGUGGUGGCCGGAAUACGGAGUGCUUGGAUUGCCGCUGCAAGCAGGACACCACAAUGGGCUCGGACUAUCUGCUGAACUUCACGCCCACUCCGGAGGUUCCAGAGGCCUUCCAGGAUGACUACACCCCGACACCGCCGUCGCCCCGGCUCAAGACCCAGACGCCACGCUACUCGAGCUCCUCCAGCCAGCAGCUGCACACCAGUUCGCAGGGCUACACGAGCAUCAAUCACUCGCAGAGCUCCCUGGUCCAGAGCCCCGGAUCGGCGCCAUCCGUGGACGACAUCAGUCCGCCGCCCAUCCAGUUCAAGAGGCAGCGGUGCAUCCGCUUUAAGAACAGGAAUCGACUGCCAGUUCAAGAAAUGGGAGGACCACCGGGAUCUGGAGGUGGCCUCGUAGCCCCAGGAUCGGGAGGAAUGGGCACGGCCAGUGGUGUGCUGGCCGCCUACAAACAGCAUCGCGGCAGCGCGGACCACGAAAACGUCUUCUUUCCCAAGGGCUUCUCCUCGGAGGUGUACCACAACAGUUUGGACAUGGAGAGGGAGGCACUGAAUGCCAGCAUUUCGGAGCUGGAGAAGUUCUUCGAUCGCCUGGGACUGAAUGACGAGGCCUUCCACGAGAUCUACAGCCAACCAAGGAGGCACCACUCGGAGACGGACGACGCCUCCGAUGAUUCCAGCACUGUUUUCUUCUCGGAUGUGAGCACCGUGGACUCGAUGAGAUUGCCGGAUAGCACGGAAACCCAGCCGCAGGCCACACAGGCGUACAGACCAUCGGAGCCGCCGUCGAUUGUCGAGCGGAAUGCCAGGAUCAUCAAGUGGCUGUGCAACUGCAAGAAGAUGCAGUGCACCUGAGAAUCGCCGGGGCAGUGCAGCUGCGGAUUCGGAUUUGGAUUCGGACGCUGAGCGCUCCACUGAUUUAUGGAUUCCACACGACCACCCCGUUUAGCACACGACUGCGAAUUAAUGCAAAAAAUACGAAUCACUGAUGGGUGGGUGAAUCUUUGGGCUUGCGAGAUCGCCAUAAGGACGAAAAGUAAUCUAUCGAAUGUUUGCUUUUCAAUAUAACGAAUAUAAUUUCUUUUGGCUCAGCAGCGUUGGCCAGCACACUGAUUGCAUAUCCCCUAAAAGAUAAAUAGUAUAUGCAAUGGAAUUUAUAAAACUAAUAGUCAGAUUUAGUUUCAAGCAAUAUAACAUUUUUUAAUGGCACUUGUUUUCCUUGCAAUGUUAGGAGCCGCAAGAAACAAAGGAUUUAAUACAAAGUACUCAAAAAAAGAAUUAAGGCAAAUAUUUCCAUACUAUUAAUAUAUGCAGAAAAUAUUUCAACUCAUUUCUUGAACUUGCAAAAAACAAGAGAAAAAUAUAAACAUAUUUCAAAUAGUAAAACCCAUGAAAGGGCAAACAAAUAGCUAUGCCUGAACGACAAUGAUCCUGAGAAAAACCCACAAUUUGAGUUAGUUUUUAAAUGGAAUAUUGAAUUCACAAUCAAGCAAAUUCGCAAGCAUUACUCGGAGAUUACUUUUGGCCCCUGUGCUUCAUUACUCCAAAACAAUCACCCACCUGUCCACAAAAACACUGCUCAAAAAGUCAAGUUAAGUCAGUUGAAUGUUUCGAACAUGAUUAGCAUGGUUAGCCUCACCUACCUGUACAAUGGAACUAGGAAUUACGAGCAGGAGUCUCGAUUUUGGAUGUGAGUUUCUCCUCUUUUAAGCUGCGACCGUUCUCGCGCAGAUCAAUUACACCAUUGAUAUUUGUAUUGCCAAGGGUAAUGAUAUUGUCUUACUUAUACUAAUCAACUAGCAAGCGAUCGUUCAUAUUACUCUUAUACACAGCGGUAUUAUUAGACGAAUUAUUGUACAAUUAGUUCUCGUAACUUAUAUAUACUUACAUAUAUACGACUAGUUGCCAAACCAGAAACACAAACAGUACACGAAACCACUAAAAACCACAAAUUGAAAUUGAAAUGAACCUACCUAUUUAUGUAAUUGUACAUGGUUUGC